ACUCAAUCCCCGAAUGCCAUGACUGAGGACAUUUAUACCAACGGCUCAGCGACUCUGAGCAGCCCCUCUCACAGCAACGGCCGUGAGGUGCGGAAGAUACGCCUCAUCCAGUUCGAGAAGGUCACAGAGGAGCCCAUGGGAAUCACACUGAAGCUCAAUGACAAGCAGAGCUGCAUGGUGGCCAGAAUCUUCCAUGGGGGCAUGAUUCACAGACAAGGCUCCCUUCAUGUGGGUGAUGAAAUCAUAGAAAUCAAUGGGCAGAGUGUGAGCAACCACUCAGUUGACCAGCUGCAGAAGAUGCUGAAAGAAACCAAGGGGAUGGUCUCAAUAAAAGUCAUUCCCAACCAACAAAGCCGCCUCCCUGCUCUCCAGAUGUUCAUGAGGGCACAGUUUGACUAUGACCCCAAAAAAGACAACCUGAUCCCCUGCAAGGAAGCGGGGCUGAAGUUUCAGACUGGCGAUGUGAUUCAAAUCAUAAACAAGGACGACAGCAACUGGUGGCAGGGCCGGGUGGAGGGCUCCUGCACCGAGUCAGCAGGACUCAUCCCUUCUCCGGAGCUGCAGGAGUGGCGUGUGGCGAGCGUCACCCAGUCCAGUCAGAGCGAAUCCCCGAGCUGUAGCCCCUUUGGGAAGAAGAAGAAGUGCAAAGAUAAAUACCUGGCCAAGCACAGCUCAAUUUUUGACCAGCUGGAUGUGGUUUCAUAUGAGGAGGUGGUGAGGCUGCCUGCCUUCAAGAGGAAGACUCUGGUGCUCAUUGGAGCCAGCGGUGUCGGCCGUAGCCACAUCAAGAAUGCUCUGCUCAGCAACAACCCGGAGAAGUUCAUGUACCCACCCCCGUACACCACACGCCCCCAGAAGAAGAAUGAGGUGGAUGGGAAGGACUACUACUUCGUCUCUACCGAGGAGAUGACCCGGGACAUCUCAGCCAAUGAGUUCCUGGAGUUUGGAAGCUACCAGGGAAACAUGUUUGGCACCAAGUUUGAAACAGUGUACAAGAUCCACCAGCAGGACAAAGUUGCUAUUUUGGACAUUGAGCCCCAGACCCUGAAGAUCGUCCGCACGGCUGAGCUCUCCCCAUUCAUAGUCUUCAUUGCCCCAACAGACAAGGCAGAGCAGUCAGAGGCUUUGCAGCAGCUCCGGAAGGAUUCAGAGAGCAUCCGGAGCAGAUAUGCACACUACUUUGACCUCUCGCUGGUCAACAACGGGGUGGAAGAAAGUCUCCAGCUGCUGCAGGAAGCCUUUGAGCAGGCCUGCAGCUCUCCACAGUGGGUGCCCAUCUCCUGGGUCUACUGAGAGGGCAUCCAACCCCAGCUGCUUCCCAUCAACCACCUGCAGCCAUGGGGAGAAACCUUCUCAGCUUCCCCUGAUCCACACACAGCCCAGCACAACUCCCUUCCUCUGCUGCUCCAUAGACAUGGUCUCAAUUGGUUGACACACACACAGGGCCUCUGGAUCUCCUCUUCCAGGGAACACAGAACAGGGGCUACCCAGGGGUUAGCCGCCUCCUGGAGCACUGCA